AUGAUCCCUCCUCAACAGCAUAUGGUUCCCUCUCAACAGCAGAUGGUCCCCACUCCGCAGCACUACCAGCCGUUCUCAGGAGAUAUUGUUCCAACCAAAUCCAUCUCUAACGACACCUCAACAAAUUCAUCCUUAUCUCCUAUUUUGGCCACCAAUCAUGACUCAUCACCUGCUUUGGUCACUCUCCAUCUAGCCAACGUCCCAAAUGUUUCAGCCCCUUGCUCAUCACCUGAUUUGGUCACCCACCCUUCAACCAACAUCCCAAAUGUUACGGCCCUUUACUCAUCACCUGCUUUGGUCACCCACCCUCCAGCAAAUGCCCCACCUGUUUCGGCCUCCAACUCUCUAGCAAACGUCCCACGUGUUUCGGCCUCCAACUCUCCAGCCAACGUCCCAAAUGUUACGACCUCCAACUCUCCAGCCAACAUCCCAAAUGUUACGGCCCCUUGCUCAUCACCUGCUUUGGUCACCCACCCUCCAACAACGUCCUACAUGUUUCGACCUCCAACUCUCCAGCAAAUGUCCCACAUGUUUCGGCCUCCAACUCUCAAGAUUUUGAUCCUAACAUUUGCAAUGACUCUCCUGCCAUAA